GGCCCCGCCCCCUCUUGCGCGUCAUCACGUCGCGCCAGAAAUAAUCACUUCUGGCGCCAAAGACUGGACGCGCAUUAUUGCGCACUUUUCGGCUACAAUAAUAACAAAAAAGUUGAUGACAACUGGUAAAGAUGGACAUACGCAGAUUCUUUGCACCAAAGCCCGGCACUGCGGGUGGCAGCAGCAGCACCGACGACGAGCCAAAGAAUAAAAAGAAACCGGCUAGCAAGACUACAAGCUCCAAAUUAGAGGAAAAGCGAUCAGCCAAACGGAAGAAGAGGGUCAUCACUGACUCGGAUGAGGAGGAAGAAGAGAAGAAAGGAAAGAAAAGCCCUGAAAAGGAGAAGCCUGCUGCAUCUGCGAAGAAAGAUCCUGUGACUUAUGUGUCUGAUUCAGAUUCGGACGAAGACUUUCUGUCACUGAAAAAGUCCUCAAAGCUUAAAGAGAAUGGCUGUAGCAAAGACAAGAAGGGCUUGAAUCCAAAAGCGACCAAACCAAAGCAGGUAAAAUCACCACCUGCUAAAUCUCCGAGCACGAAGGGGGAAGAGAAGAAGAGCGCCCUCAGCCCGACUCCGCCGAAGCCGGCCGCGCCCAAACACACCCCCACCUCCGUGCUCGAUUACUUCGGGAACUCUACGGCCAAGAGGUCCGAUAAAAAGCUGGUGGCCAGUACGAGCACCAAGAGGAAAGCAACUACACAAGAUGAUGAGGAAACUCACGAUGACGCGGCCAUCGCCAAACAGUUACAGAUGGACGAGGACAUGGAGUUGGAGAAGCAGAUCCAUGAAGAUGAGGAGUUUGCUCGAACCCUGGCCAUGUUUGACAAGGCCCCUGUGCCUAAAAAGGCCCGCAUGGACUCGCAAUCACCCUCACCUGGAACAAGUGGUGCAGAAACCAAGCCUGCGCUGGAACAGCCAUCAACGAAGAAGAGUACUGUAAAAGCCAGUUCCAAACUGGCUCUGAUGAAGAAGAAAGCUGACGAAGAGGAGGAACGGCAGAAGGAGGAAAAGAAAAGCAAAACUAUCUCCCCGAAGAAAGAGCUGACCACACAAGCGUCUUCGGAGACAGCAGCCACACCCAAAUCAGGUGUUACUGCAGGCACUGGGAAACGAAUUUCCACUCCCAAGAGUGGAGGGGGAAGUAGCAAGACCUCUCCUACAAAACCAGAGACCAGCCCAGAGGACUCUGAGAAGAAGCGUGGAAAUACCGCAGCAUAUCGAAACUACCUGAACCGAGAAGGACCACGUGCUUUGGGGUCUAAGGAGAUCCCACAGGGUGAAGAGAACUGCCUUGAGGGCUGUGUGUUUGUGUUAACGGGUGUUUUGGAGUCUUUGGAGCGGGACGAUGCAAAGUCAUUAAUAGAACGUUAUGGUGGGAAAGUCACAGGAAAUGUCAGCCGGAAAACCACCUACCUGGUUCUGGGACGAGACAGUGGCGCCUCCAAGACUGAGAAGGCACAAAGUUUUGGCACCAAGAUCCUAAACGAGGACGAGUUACUGGAACUGAUCCGAACCAAACCGGGCAAAAAGUCGAAAUACGAGAUCGCUGCAGAAGCCGAGAGUAAAGCCACCAAAUCAAGGACUCCAGACUCUAAAGGCAAACACACCCCUCCAGCAUGCAAAGUCACACGCCAAAAAACCCCCACAGGCAAGAGCAGUCCCUCGCCAGGGAAAUCUCGGUCAUCCUCCUCGUCUACUCGUAGAACUUCCAGGGCUUCCCAUCAAGGCUCUUCGAACGAGGUUAGAAAGACUCUGGAAUUUGGUGCAGGAAAAAGCGCAGCACCUGUGGCAGAGGAUGAAGGCAACAGCUUGUUAUGGGUAGACAAGUACCGCCCUCGCAGCCUGAAGAAUCUAAUUGGGCAGCAGGGUGAGCAGAGCUGUGCCAAUAAGUUACUGAGAUGGCUGAAGAACUGGCAUAAAUCUCACAGCAGCAACGCAAAACCAACAGCUGCUCGAUUUGGGAAGUCCGGAGGUAAGGACGAUGGGUCUGCGUUUAAAGCUGCUUUGCUAUCUGGACCUCCUGGUAUUGGGAAGACCACCACCGCUGCUCUCGUGUGCGAGGAGUUGGGUUACAGUUACGUGGAGAUGAACGCCAGCUGCACCCGCAGCAAGAACAGUCUGAAAGAAGUAAUCGCAGAGUCUCUCAAUAACACAAGUAUUAUGAAUUUCUACACAGGUGCGUCUCAGACGGUCAGCGAUAAACAUGUUCUGAUAAUGGACGAGGUUGAUGGCAUGGCAGGAAAUGAGGACAGAGGAGGAAUACAGGAGAUGAUUGGUCUGAUAAAAAAUUCAAAAAUCCCCAUCAUUUGCAUGUGCAACGACCGCAACCACAUGAAGAUCCGCUCGCUCGCUAACUACUGCUUCGACCUGCGUUUCCAGCGACCUCGUGUGGAGCAGAUAAAGGGGGCAAUGAUGUCCAUCGCUUUUAAAGAAGGUUUAAAAAUCCCGCCACCGGCCCUCAAUGAAGUCAUCCUGGCAUCCAAUCAGGACAUUCGACAGGUGCUGCAUAAUUUGAGUAUGUGGUCAGCCACAGACAAGGUCAUGACCUACGACCAGACAAAAGCAGACGCCCAAAAGGCCAAGAAGGACAUGAAAAUGGGACCGUUUGACGUGUGCAGGAAAGUGUUUGUUACAGGUGAAGAGACCGCCCACAUGUCACUGAUCGACAAGUCGGACCUUUUCUUUCACGAUUACUCCCUGGCACCGCUGUUCGUCCAAGAGAACUACAUCCACGUCCGGCCGGCUGCUGCAGGGGGAAAUAUGAAGAAUCAUUUAGUGCUGCUGAGCAAAACUGCAGACAGCAUCUGCGACGGAGAUUUAGUGGACCGACAGAUCCGCUCUCGCCAGACCUGGUCUCUGCUGCCCACGCAGGCAAUCUACGCCAGUGUGCUGCCAGGGGAAUUAAUGCGUGGUUAUAUGAGUCAGUUUCCCACGUUUCCCAGCUGGCUGGGGAAGUUCUCAUCCACAGGCAAACACAGUCGCAUUGUUCAGGAGCUGUCCUCACACAUGAGUCUGAAAACAUUGAGCAGUAAGGGGGCAAUAAAUCUAGACUACCUGCCCUACAUGCGUACCGCCCUGCUGCAGCCUCUGCAGUGUCAUGGAGCAGAAGGAGCCAGUCAGAGCGUCAAGCUUAUAGAUGACUAUGACAUCAUCAAAGAGGAUUUUGACAGCAUCAUGGAGAUCAGUACAUGGGGUGGACAACCUGAUCCGUACUCCAAGCUUGACUCCAAGGUGAAAGCUGCAUUCACACGGGCUUAUAACAAGAAGUCCCACUUGACGCCGUACUCACUGCAGGUAGUGAAGAAAGGUCGCAAAGGAGCGGUCGACGCCGAUCUGGCUUUAGACACCGACAUUGACCUCCAGGGGCAGGACGAGGAGGAGGAGGAAGAGGGAACUGUUAAUAGUGAUGCCAUGAUCAAGCAAAAGAAGGCGAAACCUGCAAAAGAGGUCAAGCAGGAGAAAGCAGGCACUUCUGGAAAGGGCAAAGGCAAAGGAAAAGGCAAGAAGUAAACAGAGGCCUGCAAUGAAGAACCAUUCGGACAGGCAAAUUGUAAACAAUCACUCGUUCCUCCUCACUGAUAAAAAAAACUCUGAUGGCAGGCGGCAAAGAUCAGACCUUCCUAAGGCUAUCGAAAGGUCAGUAUUAACAAGGAGUGAGGGAUGCAAAGGAGGCAUUUUCAAGCAAUUAAAAAUGAGUGGGCGGCCAUUCCAUCGUCAUCGUCUCGCAGUCGACUGGACGUAAAGGACGGUAGAAUCAUGGAGUGCGCACACACACACACACACACACACACACACAGAGCGCACUCAUUUCCAUACACAAAGUCAAACUUAGUCCCAUCUGUGACAUCAAACAUCUCUCAUCUCAGCCCUUACUAUCAUUAAGCCUCUUAUUUCUUAUUCACUUGCAGCUCUUAUAAGGUUACAUAAGCACUUUGCAUAAAUCACACACUGCUCUUGAAGGUUUCUUGCAGACAGUGCACAUCCAGAUGCAUUUUGAACCCUGAGAUGUAAAUAUAUACACACAGUCAAACCCCUAUAUAAUUUGAAAGUUACUCAAUUGGAAAGUUGUAGAAAGAACAUUUGUCCUUUUUUUCUAUUGAAAUGUUUUUUUACAAACUGACAUUGUGAUGUUCUGGUCUGUAGAUUAGACUGUAUAUGACUUGGGAUUUCAACAAGCAAUUAAAAAUGUGAUUUACUGAUUUAUUGAA